UAAAAAAGGAAAAACGUCGUAGUUUCUAUGCGAAAUCAAAGGCUUUCCUCUGUUUACUCUCUGCUCAUUCUGAAAAUGGAUCUCUAACGCACUUUCUUCCAUUUUGUUUUUCUUCUUCUUCGUUCAUUGCCUCCAUUUUCUGCUUCGCGGUGCAAAACGCUGCGUUUCGUUCAGACCGAAGCCUUGUAUUUUUCAUGGUAAUGCCUUUUCAUAUUCAUUUCUGGUUACUUAUUGUAUUUAUGUGAAAAUUUAUAUGAAAUUCAGAAUUAUCGGAUCUUGUUUGCGCAUUGGAUGAUUUCGAUUUGGAUCUCGAAGGCUGGGAAUUGUAGGUGGUGAAAUCAGGAUUGAAUUUACGUAGUUUUUUUUUUUUUUUUAUUUUAUUAUGUUGAUUUUUUGUGUUUACCGGCGAAUUGUAUGUGGUGUGAUUGAGAAGGAUUAGGGUUUUGGUGUGAUGGCUUCGAAUCCUCCAUUUCAUGUGGAGGAUCAGGAUGAUGAGGAUUUCUUUGAUAAAUUGGUUGAGGAUGAUGGGGGGGAUGUGAAGCCUGGUCGUGACAAUGAAGGCGAUGAUUCUGAUGGUAUUGGUGAUGAUGCUGAUGGUAACGAUUCUGCAUUUGGGAAUUCAAGUGGUGGAGGAAGUGGGGUUGAGGUGAAAGAGGAAGAUGAAGAGAAAGAGGGUGGUGGAAAUGUACAGGAGGGGAGUUUUUUGGGGUCUUCUAGUACUAUUGAAUGUGAUGGUACGGCGGAUCAUGGUGAUCAUGGGAUGGAAUCGGGGAAUUCGCCGGGUUCGAGUGGUGAUAAGAGCACAAUCUCUAGUUCAGAUGUUAAGGUGGUGGAUUGGAAUGCGUUUUGCGCUGAUUCAAAUGGAGGUGUUGGGUCGGAAUCUUUUUCUGACUUUUUUAGCGAAUUUGGAGAUGUAAGUGGGAAAGCAUUUCAUGAUUCUAAUGCGGGGGUGAAACCUGGUAAAGAAAUUCCAGAAGAUCAAUAUAGGUCAGCGUAUCAUCAGGACUCAAAUACUUUGAUGAAAUCUGGUAAUGAAAUUCCGAGUGAUGGCUUGAAUGCAUCGGUUGAUUAUACACAAUAUCAAGGGGGUCAAGGUUAUGGUGCAUCCGUUGAAAAUAACACAAGUGGAGAAGACGUAAAUAGCAGUCAGUACUGGGAGAGUCUUUAUCCUGGCUGGAAGUAUGAUCACAAUACUGGGCAAUGGUAUCAAGUAGACGACCAAAAUGCAACAGCCAUUACUCAGGGGAGCUCAGACAUCAAUGCAGCCGCGGGUUGGAAUGCUGCUUCGGAUACUAAAGCAGAGGUCUCUUAUAUGCAGCAAGCUGCUCAGUCUGUUGCUGGAAGUUCAGCUGAAUCUGGCAGAACUGAAACUGUACCAAGCUGGAAUCAGGUGUCACAAGGGAAUAGUGCCUAUCCAGAACACAUGGUUUUUGAUCCUCAGUACCCUGGUUGGUAUUAUGAUACAAUUGCCCAAGAAUGGCGCUCGUUAGAGACUUACAAUUCAUCUGUUCAAUCUGCUGUUCAGGGGCAUAAAAAUGGACAAGCCUCUACUGGUACUUUUUCGCAUAAUGAUAACAAUUCUUAUAGAAAUUAUGGUCAGGCUGGCUAUUAUGAACCACAGGGUUCUGGUAACCAGGCUGCAAAUAACAAUUGGAGUGGUUCAUAUGGUAUUAAUCAUCAGCAGGGUUUGGACACGCACACAACUGGUAUUGCGACUAAAAGCGGGAAUAGUGCAACUUAUGGUGGAAACCAGCAGUUUGAUCAUUCAUUUGGUUCUAGUAUUUCUGGCAGCAGAGAUCUACAAAAUGCAUCUAGCUCAUUUGGAUCUGCUUCAAUGUAUAAUAAAAUUAACCAUGGUCACGAUUUGGCUAAUGGAGCUGUUGAACCGCAACGUUUUGCCCCUAGUGGGAACUUUGGUCAACAUUUUAAUUAUUCAAAUACACAGUUUGAUGAACAAAAAAAUUUCUCAAACAAUUAUGCUGCUGAAAGUCAACAGCGCAUUGGUUACUCCAAUCAAUCAUUACAUGGUGGACAACAGCAUUCUUGUGCCCCUCAUGUUGGAAGAUCAUCUUCUGGGCGUCCUGCUCAUGCCUUGGUUACCUUUGGAUUUGGUGGAAAACUCAUAAUGAUGAAAGAUUCUAGUCUUUUGAACUCAUCAUAUGAAAGUCAGAGUGCUGUACAGGGCUCUGUUUCUGUGUUAAAUUUGAUGGAAGUUGUCUCAGGAAGUAUUAGUUCUUCCCGUAUUGGAAAUAGUGCUGGUGAUUAUUUCCGUGCUCUCGGGCAGCAAUCUGUCCCAGGUCCAUUGGUUGGUGGGAGUGUUGGAAGUAAAGAGUUGAACAGAUGGAUAGAUGAGAGGAUUGCACACUGUGGAUCUCCUGACAUGGAUUAUAAGAAAAGUGAAAGAAUGAGACUCCUUCUCUCCUUGCUUAAAAUAGCUAGUCAAUAUUAUGGAAAACUACGUUCUCCUUUUGGCACAGACAACAUACUAAAAGAAAAUGAUAGUCCUGGGUCAGCAGUUGCCAAGCUUUUUGCAUCUGUCAAAAUGAGUAGUAAGGAGUAUGGUGUGCUGAGCCACUGUCUGCAUAAUAUGCCUUCUGAAGCACAAAUGCGGGCAACGGCUUCUGAGGUACAGAAUCUUCUUGUCUCUGGCAAAAAGAAGGAAGCUUUGCAGUAUGCCCAAGAAGGUCAAUUGUGGGGACCUGCACUUGUUCUUGCUUCACAACUUGGUGAAAAGUUCUAUGUUGAUACUGUGAAGCAAAUGGCACUACGUCAACUGGUUGCAGGGUCUCCUCUGCGCACAUUGUGCCUUCUAAUUGCUGGACAACCAGCUGAUGUUUUCUCAUCCGACAGUUCAACUAGUGGGGACCCUAGUGCUUUUAAUAUGCCUCAGCAUCCUGCACAGCUUCAGUUUGGAUCUAAUGGCAUGCUUGAUGAUUGGGAGGAGAAUUUGGCUGUAAUAACUGCGAACAGAACCAAAGAUGAUGAGCUUGUAAUUAUUCAUCUUGGUGAUUGCUUGUGGAAGGAAAGAAGUGAGAUCACUGCUGCACACAUCUGCUAUUUAGUUGCUGAAGCAAACUUUGAGUCAUACUCAGACAGUGCGAGGCUUUGUCUAAUAGGAGCUGAUCACUGGAAAUUUCCACGAACUUAUGCUAGUCCAGAGGCUAUCCAGAGGACUGAGUUAUACGAAUAUUCGAAGGUGCUUGGGAACUCUCAGUUUAUUUUGCUUCCGUUUCAGCCAUAUAAAAUUAUAUAUGCAUAUAUGCUAGCUGAAGUGGGAAAGGUUUCAGACUCGUUGAAGUAUUGCCAAGCAGUGCUGAAAUCCUUAAAAACUGGCCGCGCACCAGAAGUUGAAACAUGGAAACAAAUGAUAUACUCUCUUGAGGAGAGGAUUAGAACCCACCAACAGGGUGGGUAUGCUGCAAAUUUGGCUCCUGGCAAAUUAGUGGGCAAAUUGCUUAACUUUUUUGAUAGUACCGCGCAUCGAGUCGUUGGUGGUUUGCCACCACCUGCUCCAUCAUCAUCACAAGGAACUGUUCAUGGAAAUGAACAGAAUUAUCAACCUGUGGCACAUAGAGUAUCCAAUAGCCAAUCAACAAUGGCAAUGUCAUCCUUAGUUCCAUCUGAUUCAAUGGAACCCAUCAGUGAGUGGACAGCUGACAAUAAUAGAAUGACAAAACCUAAUAGAAGUGUUUCAGAGCCAGACUUUGGUAGAAGUCCCCGACAGGAAACCUCACAUGACGUACAAGGAAAAGCGUCAGGGGGCACAUCUCGCUUUUCUCGUUUUAGUUUUGGCUCACAACUUUUGCAAAAAACAAUGGGUCUAGUCUUGAAACCUCGCCCUGGAAAACAGGCUAAAUUGGGUGAAAAGAACAAGUUCUAUUAUGAUGAAAACUUGAAAAGAUGGGUAGAGGAAGGCGCUGCACCUCCAGCUGAAGAAACUGCACUGCCACCACCUCCAACAAGUGCAGCUUUCCAGAAUGGUUUAACUGAUUACAACUUGAAAUCUGCAUUAAAGGCAGAAGGACCACCUAAAGAGGGCUCUGACUUAAAAACUUCAAAUCAUGAAAUUACUCCAGGGAUCCCACCUAUGCCACCUAGCACAAAUCAUUUCUCUGCUCGUGGCCGCGUCGGUGUUCGGUCAAGGUAUGUUGACACCUUCAACCUUGGUGGUGGAAAUUCUGCAAACCUGUUUCAGUCACCAUCUGUUCCAUCUGCCAAACCUGCUGGUGCUGCCAAUGCCAAGUUUUUUAUUCCAGCCCCCUUGCCAUCAUCGAAAGAGCAUACAAUGGAGGCUAUAGAAGAAAACAAUCAGGAAGAUAAUUUAGCUUACGAAAAUACUUCAACAUCUUAUAGGAAUAAUUGGUCAUUCCAAUCCCUCAAACCCGAUUCACCAAUUGUCUGGCAAAGGUGUCCAAGUAUGGGCAACUUCGCAAACCAUGGAGCAGUGGUGAAUGACAUUAAUAGUCGAACUCCUCACUCACGGCGGACAGCUUCAUGGGGUGGGAGUACUGGCGAAUCAUUUAGUCCCACGAAUAUGCAUGAAACUAUGCCUCUGGGGGAAGCUUUGGGAAUGCCACCAUCAACAUAUUUAUCUGACGAUAUUUCUCUGACGCGUACACCUCACAUGAGGAGUGUGAGUUUUGGAGAAGAUCUUCACGAGGUUGAUCUUUGAGCAGAUGAUUAGGCUGUAAAUACCAAAUUUUGUUUAUAGUCAUCACUCAUCAGAGUAGUUGGGAAACCCUGCAUCAUUCUUCUCAUGCCCCGAAUGCUGGUAUACAUCAGGUGAAUUUCAUGAAGAAGAAAAAGGCAUUUCCGUUGGCAGGUUUUUCGCCCACCCCUUGUUUUGCUUUAAAUGGCAAGGGAGUUGGCACUGGCCACCAUCUAAGGCUGGAGGUCAAGAAAGGAACUGGUGUUCUUUUAGCAAGGGAUAUACCACGUAUCUGUGUAGUACCACUCAUUUGUUGAUUUUAUUAAACAAGAAAACACUGUUCAUCGGGGAAAAGAGGCCUCUACAUAUCAAGGACAAAAGAUUAGUCUAUAGAAUGUGAAAUAUAAGUUUUGCCCCUCUUGUAAUUGUUUCAGUUAUGAAAUAGAGUUUAACUUACAAACUAGAGUCUUCUUGAUUUGAUUUGGAUUGAUAGUUUAGAUAUAGUUAUUUUACAUCUAUGCACUACUACCUUCGGUCUCAUUUAUAAAAGAAAAGUUAUUUUUUAAA